AUGGCGAACGCAGCGGCUGAGUGUGAGGGCGUGCCGAUAACUCUCCCCAAUGCCGCCCAUAAUCGCCAGAAGCUUCACAACUCCUUCCAUCCGCAAGUCGCGGCCAGCCCGCAAGUCAUAGGUUUCACCCCGCGCUUCGAGGUCGGCGCGCAGCUCGGUGAAGGCUCCUACGGCGUCGUUAACGUUUGUCACGAGAAAGCCGUGUUGACACGUCAGCUGUCACGGCAACCUAGCUACGGCGCAAGCAGGCUGCAUCUUCAUCCGGGCGCCGCCGCCGCCGUCGCCGCAGUUGAUGGAACUGCCGCGGCUGCCGGAAACGGCGCCGCGAAGGGCGCCGCGGAUGGCGGAGGAGGCGGCGACAGCGACGAGGAGAACGGGGUCGAGCGACCGGAGAUUGUGGCGAGCGUGGAGCGGGUUGAAGCGACCGAGGCGGCGCUUCUUGCGGCGCGAAUCGCGGCGGAAGACGUGGCGGGAGACGCGGAAGGGAAACAACCACCACUUCCGGCGAAGACCGCGCCGGAACCGCCAGCCGCGGGAAAGAUGUACGCGUGUAAGACGGUGGAUAAGAUUCUCAACGUGGAAGGCGGCGCGGCGACUCAGAAGCGGUUGUCUGCUCGCGAUAUAGAGGUGCGCGUUAGCGCGCUCAAGCACGAGAUUAAGGUGCUCAAACACGUGGGUUAUCAUCCGAACAUUGUGAAAGUUGUCGGAGUGUACAAUAACGAGAAACGGUUGCGACUCGUUAUGGAGCUGUGCGACGCGGGAGAUCUGCUGGGGCUUCUAACGAAUCCUCCCAAGAAACCGCAGGCGGAAGUUAAUAACGGGGAUAACGGUGCGAGUAAAGAGGGUGAUUCUAACAAAGGAGCAGCAGGCAACGAGACCAAGCCUGAAGAGACCCGAGGGAAACCUUUCACCAAGAUUUCGCAAUUUUUCAAAGGGCUGGCCAAGGGGACUACCGACCCAAAAACGGGGCUAACAGCAGGGGCUGCUAAGAACGGGGACAACAGCAGCAGCAGUGGCAGUGCACAGCCCGAAAAAAUGCUACAAACGGGGCUGUCGGAACGGCAGACGGCUCUGAUGUUCCGGCAGCUGGUAAAGGCUGUGGAGCACUGCCACUCGCGGCAGGUGAUUCACCGUGACAUCAAACUGGAAAACGUUCUGCUCAACCACUGCUGUUGCUGCAAAUGCAAGCCUGCUGGCUCAGACGGAGGAGCACAGGAGAAUGGAAACCAGCAGCAGCAGCAGCAAGGCGAGCCGUCUACCUGUUCGGGUUACGUCGUUAAGCUCGCGGAUUUCGGCCUGGCGAAGCUGCUGCAGCCAACACAAGCCAUGGCGAACGGCAACAAGGGCAGUCAGCUGUACAAGGCACCUGAGGUGGCGCAGAGCCGGUGGUAUACCACCCAGGCGGACAUGUGGUCUCUCGGCGUGGUGCUGUACGCUUUGCUAAGUGCGAGGUUUCCGCCGAGGGAUGCCCAGGGGAUGGUGGCGUGGGAAGCGGUUUCGGAUCAGAGGUUGUUGUUUAAAGGGGGGAGCUGGAAGGAGGUGAGUGAGGAGGCGAAGGCGCUAGUGGAUGAGAAAGAGGAGAGGAGCGAGGGGAGAUUGGUUGGAGUGGGAAGGAGCAGCGGCUGUAUUGUGGCGAGGUGUUUAACCACCCGUGGCUCGCGCAGCACUGUCGAUGAGGGGGGAGAGGAUGAGGGAUGA